CCUCCUUCCCUUCCUCACCAGUCUCCCCCCCUCGCCUCGCAUCCCACGCCUUCCCCCCCCCCAUUCGUCGCCUCCUGUCCCGGGGGCCGCGAGCAAAACCCCCACCCCCAAAUCGCAGCCUCGCUCAGCUCGAUCUCUCUCUCGUCUCGCCAUGGCCCCCAGCGACGACCUCGUCUACAUGGCCAAGCUCGCCGAGCAGGCCGAGCGAUACGACGAGAUGGUGGAGGCAAUGAAUAGUGUGGCAAAGUUAGACGAGGGGCUGACAAAGGAGGAGAGGAACCUCCUCUCAGUUGGCUACAAGAAUUUGAUUGGUGCAAAGCGUGCGGCAAUGCGUAUCAUUGGAUCCAUUGAGCUAAAGGAGGAGACAAAGGGCAAGGAGAGUCAUGUAAGGCAGACUGCUGAGUAUCGUCGCAAGGUGGAGGCUGAGAUGGAUAAAAUCUGCUGUGAUGUCAUAAACAUUAUUGACAAGUACCUUAUCCCACAUUCCUCUGGAGCUGAGAGCUCAGUCUUCUACUACAAAAUGAAGGGAGAUUACUACCGGUACCUUGCAGAGUUCAAGACUGGGACUGAGAAGAUUGAAGUGUCUGAACUGUCACUCAAUGCUUAUGAGACUGCUUCCAAAACUGCGCAGACAGAUCUCACUCCAACUGACCCUAUCAGACUUGGUUUAGCUCUGAAUAUAUCUGUCUUCUACUGUGAGAUCAUGAACUCACCUGACAAAGCUUGCCAACUUGCUAAGAACGCCUUUGAUGAAGCUGUUGCGGAGCUUCCCUCCCUCAGUGAGGAGAAUUACAAAGAUAGUACACUGAUCAUGCAACUUCUGAGGGAUAAUCUAGCACUGUGGAAUUCUGAUAUGGCUGAUGAUGCAGACGAUAUUAGGGAACGAACAGAUACAACUGGUGCUAAAGGUGACCCUGCAGCGUGAUGGAGGUGCUAAUAGCUGGUAGAGUCGAAGCAUAACAACAACAACAACAAGGGUGUGGUGGGGUGCGGAAGGACUACCAUUUACUCACUGUUAGUGUUAGGUUCUGUAGUGUAGGAGUUGAGCUGCUGAGUAACCCUCGCUUGUAGUCUGGGCCUGAUUCUUCGACUUCUUGAGCAACAUCGUGUACUAAGCACUCGCUGAUCGCUCUUUUGCAAGCAUUGUUUUUUUUUGGGUUACUCUUGAUGAUGAUUAGGCAAAAGUUAUCUGGUUCAUCAAAGUUUCCCUUCUUUUAUGUGUUCCUGUGCUUGUUAAAACUAUUCCGUUUUAUGUAGUGCCAGGUGCGCAUUGAUACGUGUUGCCAUCUAA